UAGGAUGCGAUAGGAUUAUAUUUCAGUGAAGGGAGGAAGGAAGAAGAAGAAGAAGAAAUAAUGGAUACGAUGGCGAGAGGCCUGGCACACUGGAACCCUGUGAUGAGUUACGGAAGAAGGCGAAGGAGCGAGAGCGUGAUAGGCUGUGCCAAAACCCCAGCUAUAGACACAAGUAGCAGCAGUAAGGUUUUGAUAUUAGGAGGAACUGGAAGGGUCGGUUCCUCCACCGCCAUUGCUCUUACCAACCUCUCUCCCCACCUCCGCGUCGUCCUUGCUGGUCGAAACAAGGAAAAAGGUGCUGCUAGGGUUGCUGAACUUGGGAGAAAUUUUGAGUUUUCUCAAGUGGAAAUUGAUGAUAUGGACUCAUUACGAGCAACUUUACAUGAUGUGGAUCUUGUAAUUCAUGCUGCGGGGCCAUUUCAACAGGCAGAUAAGUGCACUGUUCUGGAAGCUGCCAUACAGACCAAGACAGCAUAUAUUGAUGUAUGUGAUGAUACAAGCUACUCAUGGCGUGCAAAAUCAUAUAUGAGUAAAGCAGUGGCUGCAAAUAUUCCAGCUAUAACAACCGGAGGAAUCUAUCCUGGAGUGAGCAAUGUGAUGGCAGCAGAGUUAGUUCGUAUUGCUAGAAGUGAAAACAAGGGUGAGCCUGAGAGGUUAAGAUUCUUCUACUAUACAGCAGGCACUGGUGGUGCUGGCCCGACCAUAUUAGCCACUAGUUUUUUACUUCUUGGGGAGGAGGUUGUUGCGUAUAGUAAAGGAGAGGAGAUCAAGCUAAGGCCUUAUAGUGGUAUGCUGAACAUCGACUUUGGGAAGGGGAUUGGGAAAAGAGAUGUUUAUCUGUUGAACUUACCAGAGGUAAGAAGUGCUCAUGAGGUCCUUGGUGUACCAACAGUUAGUGCUCGAUUUGGAACAGCGCCAUUUUUCUGGAAUUGGGGCAUGGAAGCACUGGUUAAUCUUCUUCCCCCGGAAUUUCUAAGAGACAGGAGUAAAGUUCAGAAGUUGGUUCAACUAUUUGAUCCACUGGUCCGAACUGUUGAUGCAAUUGCUGGAGAGCGUGUCUCAAUGAGGGUUGAUUUGGAGUGUUCAGAUGGACGCCAUACAUUAGCUGUAUUUAGUCACAAAAGACUUUCCGUAUCAGUGGGAACCUCUGUAGCUGCAUUUGCGCUCGCCAUUAUUGAAGGACACGCACAACCGGGAGUUUGGUUUCCAGAAGAGCCAGAAGGAAUUGCAGUUGAGGCAAGGGAAGUUCUUCUAAAUCGUGCUGCGCAGGGAACGAUUAAUUUUGUGAUAAACAAGCCUCCAUGGAUGGUGGAAACUGAUCCAAAAGAGCUUGGUUUAGGAAUAUAUGUCUAAAAACUGCUAUACUACAAAAUGUUGAAGUUUCUGUUUACUUUCAUGGCUGUGCCACAGGUACUGGACACCUAAAUCCUUUGAAUGCAAUACAAGUCGUAGUUGGUAAUUUUUGUUGGAAGAGUGAAGAAAAAAAACACUUGAAUGCUCUUUGAAGCAUAUACAACCAGCAAGGAGGAGUAAUUUUACUUAUUUAUUCUUUUCAAACAUAUAUAUAUAUAUAUAUAUAUAUGUUAGAAAAAGCAACUCAUUUUUUCAUUGAUCUCUCCAUUACUUAAAAAACAGAGUUAUAUUAGCUCCAGUGCAUAGGUCGAGCACUCAGAUGAGUAAUAUGUCGGUGUCAAUUCGGUGAGUUGCGAGUUUGAUCAUCGUUCUAUGCAAGUGUCAAAUGUCUAAUGUGUAAUUUACCUUUCCUGAUAUAAUUAAGAGUAUGAACAUCAGGAGGUCAUGCAAGAACAAUAAUUUCAAAGGAAGUUGUAUUAAUU